GACGGACGUGGAGACGGACCAGUGUUAGCGCGAGCGGACCGUGCGUGGCGUGCGCGGCGCGCUAGGCUGGAAGCGCUGGACCUGCGAGGUGUGUGCUGGCGGGUUGAACGGUGAGAGGCUCGGCGGCCAUGGCUCCCAACGUUCCCGCGGCUGAACCGGCCCCAGAGUGCCCUAAAGGCAUACGGGCCGUGCUGCUGGGACCGCCCGGAGCCGGCAAGGGUACCCAGGCACCCAAAUUGGCUGAAAACUUCUGUGUCUGCCAUUUGGCUACUGGGGACAUGCUGAGGGCCAUGGUGGCUUCUGGCUCAGAACUGGGAAAAAAGCUGAAGGCAACUAUGGAUGCCGGGAAACUGGUGAGCGACGAAAUGGUAGUGGAGCUCAUUGAGAAGAAUUUGGAGACCCCUCAGUGCAAAAAUGGUUUUCUUCUAGAUGGCUUCCCUCGGACUGUGAGGCAGGCAGAAAUGCUUGACAGCCUCAUGGAGAAGAGGAAAGAGAAGCUUGACUCGGUGGUUGAAUUCAGCAUCCCAGACUCUCUGCUCAUCCGAAGAAUCACAGGAAGGCUGAUUCACCCCCUGAGUGGCCGUUCCUACCACGAGGAAUUCAACCCCCCAAAGGAACCCAUGAAAGAUGAUAUCACUGGGGAACCCUUGGUCCGCCGAUCAGAUGAUAAUGAGAAGGCCUUGAAAAUUCGCCUGGAGGCCUACCACACUCAGACCACCCCACUGGUGGAGUAUUACAGCAAACGAGGGAUCCACUCUACCAUCGAUGCCACCCAGACCCCCGAUGUCGUGUUCGCCAGCAUCCUAGCGGCCUUCUCCAAAGCCACAUCCUAGUAACAGAAGGCCAGGCGAGACUGCACCACUGCUCAUCACCCCGCGGCGUGAUCCCUGCUCUUAGGUGCUGGGCGGAGGGGAGGGGUGGUCAGGGUGAGGAUGGAGAGGGAAGAGUGGUGAGGGCCCAAAAGGAGUAACAAAGAGCAGCAAUGUGGUAGUGAGGCCGUCUCCUUGACACAUAAUAGAGGAGUCUGGAAGAGUACAGAGGAAGGGGGAAAUUAAACUGAUUAGAGUGUGUAAGUAGAAAUAGGGAAGUGCAGUAUUGUUUCUAAGAAAUUGAAGUUUGAUUUACUGUGGAUUCGUGACAAUAUUUUUUAAAGCCAAUGCCCUAAGACCUCAACUUUUAUCUCAGAACCUCAUGGGCUGCCAGCCUAAGAGUGCAGGAAAUCAAACUGUUCUGUCUCUCCUAAAGCUUGGAACAGACAGGGUUUGACUAUUGACCCUGACCCUGGUUCCCCGCACCAUGAGAUCAAAAGAUCAUCUCCACAUGGGAAAGAGAUGGGGGGUGGGGGGUGGGCGGGUAUGGGGUUCAUGGGGGCGGUGUGCUCAGCCAAUCAAGUUUACUGCAGUUGUGGGGAAGGCAGGGCUGGUCUCCCUCCUUAAGAGUGCACCACUGUUUACCAGGCCACCCGUUCUCACGGGUCAGCUCUCAGCAGCCACCCAGCAUCCCUACACUCUUGCCAUCUUCCAUCCACAACGUGUGAAGGGACUCUUGUUAAUAAAUGAACAAGUGUCCUAAGCAACAUCAUCCAAAGACUGUCCUUACCAUCCUCAAAUCCUGUGACUGGGAUCACUCGUCAGCACUGUGAUGUAUUAUUUUCAAUGAGGUGCCUUUCUUAACUGACCAAAUGCUGCCUUGUUUGGCCACUAAAUCAAUAAAGUAUGUUAAAAAUUUGUA